GCCCUUCAGAGCGGUGAACAGAAUUGCCGGCUGAGAUAUGAGAUGUACCUUCAGCCAGCAAAAGACCCGGCGUUCUCGCCAUGUCCGACGUGCGUGUGCUGGAGCCCGACAGGGCUUGGUAUGGCCUCGAGGAGGAGCUGCGCGGCUCCUUCUUUGCCAUGGAGGCCCGAAGGCAGCAGCGUCAGGCCUACGGCAGGCAGGUGGCACGGGGCGUGUGGUCCGCCUUCUCAGAGGUGGCCAUGUUCCUAGGCUUCGCGCUUUAUGGCGUGGCACAGUUGCGGUCCCGGCUGCUGGGCCCGCCCCAGGAGAAGCUCAGCUACCUGGCACUGCCGGUGCUUAUGACCCUCGGCAUUUUUGCCCUCAGCGUCUACAGGUCAGCUACAGUGCAGGACAACCUGCCGUUGAUGUGGGGCAAGACGUGGAUCGCGCUCUUGGUGGUUUGGGAGCUAUGGCUUUACGAGCCACCAGCGCCCUGCAAAGGCGGACCAGUGCCGCCGGCCCCACAGACUUGGCUCACGGUGCAGGAGGAGAUCGUCCUGUCCGUUUUCCUGACACUGGAGGCAAUCACGCUGGUAAUUUGGUUCUGGAUGCAGAAGAUCUACCCUUGGCUGGCGAUGCACUGCCACAACACCCUGGCGCUACGCUUCUUCUGGCGCGUAAGGCCUUCCCGGCGCAGGGAGGGCUACAGCUACUUGCCCAACGGAUGCUGCUCGGUGCGCCGGAGGCACUUCAAGUACACUGGCGAUGAGGACCUACAUCGGCAGCCCCAUGGCAAGGGUCUGUGGCAGGGGGACGCCUACCACGGCGAGAUCUACGAUGGCUUCUGGCAGCACGGCCGUCCUGCGGUGCCCUUUGUCUCGAGGUGCUUCGGAUCGGGUUCCAUCUCCUAUGGCAUCAAGAUCGGCUACGGCACCUGCCGCCUUGAGCAGCUGUCGCAGCUGCGCUGGAAGCCCUGCCGCAUCAAUGGCGCCUUGCGCCUGGGCUCCGUGGGCAUCGAGUGCUCUGCGUCAGGUGGCUUCAUGGCGCACCUGCCGCAGCUGGUGGAGCAGCAGCACCAGCGCUUUGCCACUGCGGCAGAGCUGGUUGAUGAACUUCGCGGCUCGAUUGUGGCUCUCGAUGCUGGCAGUCGAGACGAUGACGCCGUGUCUCUGGGAUCCUUCCGGUCCGACAUUUCGGGGCCGGUGGCUGCGCUGAUCUUUGUGCAUGGCUUCAACUGUCCGGUGGAUUGGGCCUGCAUGCGGCUGGGCCAGCUGCUAACGCUGGGCAAGUUCAGCUCCAAGAUCCUGCCGUUGGUGUUCUCUUGGCCAACAGGCACGUUGAGCUCCUUCUUCCACGUGCGGCCCCUGCUGCCGGACUUCGCCGCGGACCUGCCGCGGUUCCUCCGACUGCUCAGCGAAGCGGGGCUGCAGGAGUUCCACCUCAUGGCCCACUCUAUGGGCUGCGAACUGGUCAUGGCAGCGCUGCCAGAGCUGCACCAGGCGGUGCCGCUGCAGACCAUCUCCUUUUGCAACCCCUCGUGCCCCUUCAACAGCUUCCAAGAGCAGCUGGUGCAGCUGGCGAGCCUCUGCCAGCGCCUCACGCUCUACUGCGACCGUGACGACUUCGCGCUGUGGGCCGCGGAGUUGCUGGGGUUCCAGGGGCCGCUACUCGGGCGCCAAACUGAGCCGGUGCCAAUAACCUUCGAUGCUGAGCUGACUCCCAAGAUUGAUGUGGUGGACUGUACAUCCAUGGACGCCAACAUCAAUGGGAUACGCCACAGUUACUUCGACCUCAACACCAACCUGGUGGGGGACUUGCUGGAGCACAUCCAGAGAGGUCGGCCAGCCUCCCGAAGGAGCCGCCUGGUCCGCACUUCUGCGGAUUCCCGCAGCAACGUCUUCUCCUUCCUGGCACCUCCAGUCUUCGUGAACUGGUGAGGAUGCUGCAAGAGAGAAUGGGCACGCCCCGGGCUGUGGCAUGUGCCGGGGGGGGGGGAAGAGUGGGUUUCUCAAUUUUGAGAAACCCCUAUUUCACGAAAAGAAGGAACACUGCUGAGAGUGUAACCAUGCAGCCACUGGCACGGCUGGACGGCGACAGUUGUUGGG